UGAGCUGGGUGUAUUUUUUCAUGAAUGUAGUAACAUUCUUUUUUGAAUUUUUCUGCGGGUAGAAUUAGGGAAUUAAUUCGCUUGAAACACUUCAAUGCUAGAAAGCACAUCCACCUGCAACUAGGCGCCAGUUCUUUAGAGUCUCAUCUCGUCUAUCGGUUUCACUGCUACGCAUCAAAUAUUUACUAGAACAAUUGACAUGCAUGUCAUGUUCCUGGUGGUAAACUAAGAARCGAUAGUCGGGGCGUAUUUUCUGCAGAGGUUCAAGAAGCAAUAACAUCCUCAAAGAAUUAGAAGCUAAAAAUGCCYCGGUCGUUUUUGGUACGAUUCAAGAGCUCAAGCUCGAGCGAAAUAGACGAAAAUACUAAAACAGCUCCAAAAGACAAAGAUAGAAGAAAGUUUCCAAGCCUUGAAGAAAMAGUUCCAAAUGCAAACACGAUCGAUACAAGACGUAUCACGUCCAACCAAAUCUUUGCCAAGAUUCCCUAUUCAGACGAUUCAACUCAAGAUUCUGAUUCGCUUUAUCAACACGGCAAACACGAAAACAAAACUACCAAUGAUUAUAAUGAGAGUUCUGAAUCAGAAGAAUCAAACACUGAUCAAUCAGAACUGGUUCACGCAGAAGAAGAAGAAGAAGAUAUUCCAAAAAUUUCCGAAACUUCUUUCAAGUAAGAGGGAUAAUACCAGCAUCAAUUUGGCCCUACCCUCAAAUCAACCAACCUGAUCCAGAAUCCUUCU